GCCUAGCGGUUUGGGCUACACAAAGCCCUCUCCAGCCGGCCAUUAAGACUUCUAGAUCUGUGACCAAAACGUCCAAUUCCCUUUUUCUGCUGAACUUAAAGUCUUUUCGUCUCUACGAGUGUUUCACAACUUCCGAAUAUUCAUCAAUUUAGACUGAUGUGUUUAAAGUUGCAAAUUUUACGUGUAUUAUUCAAGAAGCAUCAGAUCUAAACAACGCCUAGAAAGUCGAACAACUUCUUUGGCCCUCUAACCUGAAAGUCUAAAAGUCUUUUCAAGGCCGUCUAAUUUUCUCCAGUGCUAAAAACAUAAUUUUGAAAAGAUGAUGACCUGUAAUUUAGAAUGGAAAAAUCAAUCAGCCUUCCUUGUCCAGGCUCUUUCGAGCCUCAGGCAGAAUGAUACUCUAACAGAUUGCACAUUAGCUGCUGAUGGAAGACAUAUUAAGGCACAUAGAUUAAUUCUUUGUGCUUGUAGUCCUUACUUUAAGGAGUUACUGGCAGACCAUUUUGACAAACAAGCAAUUAUUUUCCUCAACAAUGUGAACUACUCUCUCUUGAAACUGAUUGUAGAGUACAUUUAUAAGGGAUGUGUGAAUAUAGAUCACACAGAGCUACAAAAGUUUCUUCAGACUGCAAGAGCAUUAAAAAUAUCAGGACUUGUCAACUAUGGAGAGGAAGAGCCACAGACAUCAAAGAAAACAUCUGCACCCCCAAAACUCACAGCACAAAAAGGAAACCAAAAGAGAACUUUGGGAGAUGUUGCCACAUCAACACCUCCCAAAAUGAACAAAUUGUCAAAAAGAGAAGUGAACAAUUCAUCUGCCCAACGUCCCAGUAUUAGAUCGCGAACAGAAAAUAUGAUGGAAGCUCCAUCCGCUCCUAAUGCCAUCCAAGCAGCAUACCUUACCCUAGAGUUAGAAGUUGAGGCUGAUGAAAACCCAACAGGUGAAGCAGAAGCCGAAGCAGAAGUUGAGGAGGAAGAACACGACGAAAAUUUGAGGUCGGACGAAAACAUUCCGUUUGUUGCAGACGUUGAAGGUAGAUAUCAACCGAUAGAAGGUCGUAGAAGAGGAUCAAAUCUUAUUGCUGACAUUCAAGAAGGCUACGUAUAUCGAAUACGUAGAUACUUUAAUGGCAAGCAAUAUUACAGAUGUUGUUACAAGGAAAAAUGUCCGGGUCGAUUAGUCUGCCACGAAGGUCAAUUUCAUGCUCUCAAUCAACACGAUCACGAUGGAGACAUGCAUGUUGUUCAGAAUUAUAAACUUGUAGCAGACUGUCGCAGCCGAGCCAUUAAUGAAUCUACGCCCGUUUCCCAAAUAAUCCAAGAAGAAGUCGACAAAGCAACUGGAAUAUCCGAAGUUUUGGUUACGCCUCGAUAUCUAGUAAAAACCAGGAGACUACAUCGUCAGCGUCAACAGCAAAGUGCGCAAGAAAUGGCUGAAGGUUCUCUCAUUUUGCCUGACACUGCUAAAGUUGAAUUGGAAGAAGAAGAUGAGGCUGGAUCACUCAUUGUCCCUCAUUCAGAAUCGGAGUGAAAGUGAACGUUAAUCUGUAAUACGAAAGUUUCUAUAUUAUUUUUUCAAUAUCUCUUUUUUUUUACUAUCUAAGAAGGGUUUUUCAAAUUCAGAAUUUAAGAACAAAAGCCUUUCUUGUUUUAGCUACAUUACAAUUCUCUUUACUCGUCACCAGUGACGCCUCGUUUUCACGAUGUAAAAUCAUUCCGCGUAUUUCUCUCACCCUUUCUAAUACAAUUUUUCAUUUAG